CUUGAAAGAUGUAUCAAAUAUUCAAAUAUUAAGGCAAGUAUAUCUGCUGAAUCAUCUCAUACCUCUAGUUCAGAAGAUAUGAUAAGUGAGGAUAACAAAUCUUCAUCGAAUACUAAUAACAAUAACUAUAUUUUACAGGAUAAUAUUUUACUGGAAAUGAAUCCAAAGGAUUCAACUGAGGUGAGUAUAUUGCCUGAAAAGGUUUUGUCAGAAACAGAG